GGGCUGCGCUGGGCGGCGGGCGGCGCUUCCCGGCCCUCCCUGGCGGCUGAGCCCGACAGCGCCGAUCAGAAAAUGGGGGUGGACGGCGGGCGGGGGGAGCGAUGCAUCCUCGGCUCUCGAUCUCCUAAAAUGGCGCUGAAGAGCUGGGCCCGCUCGUCCUGGAGUUCUGGAGGCAGCUGAGGCGGCUGCGCCUUUCGUGUUGAACUCCGAAAAAAAUGAACCUUACUUCCGUCGGUCUAGCUGUGGCGGGAGUUUGGCGGCAGCAGCUUCAUGUUCUCUGUGAAAUGUGAAUUUUAACCGCGUAACGCAGCGCUCCAGCUGCGGUCGCGGGUUUUGCCGACUCGUCUUCUGUCUUCGGGUCAGCCCGCAGCUCAGAGACCCUCCCCGUCUGCGUGCCGGGACUUUGGCGGCCAAGUGAACUACAUCUUAGGAAAUAAAGAAAUGGAUGGGAUGGAUGAAACAUCUAAAAGAAUCCUAGAGCCAUACCAGUAUUUGCUUCAACUACCAGGUAAGCAAGUGAGAACCAAACUGUCACAGGCCUUUAAUCACUGGCUGAAUGUUCCGGAAGAUAAAAUACAGGUUAUCAUUGAAGUGACAGAGAUGUUGCACAAUGCAAGCCUACUUGUGGAUGAUAUUGAAGAUAACUCAAAGCUACGACGGGGCUUUCCAGUGGCGCACAGUAUCUAUGGAAUUCCAUCUGUAAUCAACUGUGCUAAUUAUGUUUAUUUUCUUGGCUUAGAGAAGGUUUUAACCCUUGAUCAUCCAGAUGCUGUUAAAGUUUUUACCCGUCAACUUCUGGAGCUUCAUAAAGGUCAAGGCUUGGAUAUUUACUGGAGGGAUACUUACACCUGUCCUACAGAGGCUGAGUAUAAAGCGAUGGUACUGCAAAAGACAGGCGGUCUCUUUGGAUUAGCUGUAGGCCUCAUGCAGCUGUUCUCGAAUUAUAAAAAAGACUUAAAGCCACUUCUUAACACACUUGGUCUCUUCUUCCAAAUAAGAGAUGACUAUGCCAACUUGCACUCCAAAGAAUAUAGUGAGAACAAGAGUUUUUGUGAAGAUUUAACUGAGGGCAAGUUCUCAUUCCCAACCAUUCAUGCAAUUUGGUCAAGACCUGAAAGUACUCAGGUGCAAAACAUUUUACGUCAAAGGACAGAGAACAUAGAUAUAAAAAAAUACUGUGUACAUUACCUUGAAAAUGUUGGUUCCUUUGAGUACACUCGGAAUACAUUGAAAGAGCUUGAAUCUGAAGCCUAUAAACAAAUUGAAUCACUUGGGGGAAACCCUGAGCUUGUAGCACUAGUUCAACAGCUGAGCAAAAUGUUCAAAGAACCUGAAAAUUAAAACAUCAACUUCUGGGUGUGGAUUAAAACUCUUUUGAAAAUGGGAAAAUAACCAGAUGGAGAGCUGUGAUUAUAAGUCUUAUGUAAAACUUUCUCUUGUAGCCAUGUUACAGAAAUUACUGUUAAAAAUAACUAGUCAUUGAGUUUUGAAACAUAUACCUUAUUAUCUCUAAAGUCUUAACUAUAACUGCUUACGGUUGGUUUUGUUAAAGCAGAUGUAGUAGAACUAAAACAAGUUUUGAAUCUAAAUAUAAUAGUCAUGACACAAUCAAAGGCAUUGUUUCAUACCUAAAACUCUCAUGCCCCUAACCAGGCAAUGAUAGGAUGUUGGUUGAAAUUCUGUGUUAAAUUAAAUCAGGUUGACGUAUGUAUUAUGCAUUUUAAACAAUGCUCUUGUAAACCAAAAUUCAUAUUUUUUAAAAAAGGCACUUGCAAGAACAAUGCACAUAAAAUUGUGUGAUAUUUCUAAGCUUGACUCGUGAAGAUCAGGUGGAUCAGUUUACUAUGUUCUAGAGUGAAUAUCCUAUCCAGCUUCUGUGCUUAUUUUCAGGGGAAUGUGAAUAAUGAAAGAUACUAUUUCAUAUGCAAAUAAGAUAUGCUCAGUCUGAAACUGUGACUUGAUAAAGAUUUUGCAGUACCUUAGAGAAAAGAUUUCAUCACAUCAACAAAGUGGAAAUUUGCUGCUGAUUUCAGCUCUGCAGUAAUUUUGCUUACCAGGUUUUAGAUUUUGAAAUUGUCAAACAUUCUGUAGCCAGGAACUUAAAUCUGUGCAUUAGAGCUCAUAUAUGUAACUGCAAAUAGCAGCAUAAUGAGCUGCUAUUAGAAAUGGAAAGGAAUUCACACCACGUAACUUUAGGACACCAUAAUUGGUGCAGGUCUCUUUAAUCUCUGCUUAUAAUUGAGGGGCUUCUCCAAGACUUUAUUCAUAAUUCAUAUUUCAUUCCUGUUCUGAAUUGCUGUCUGGAGGCAUGUUCUAUAUCUCUCCAAAGAGACAAGAGCUGUAAUUUUUUUUCUUAAAACCAAGUACAGUAUCUUGGUUUACAAGCUACAAUACCACUUCAGUUUUGUUAAUUGCUUAAAUAGAGCUUUAAAAUUAUAGACAUACCAAAACAGAACUGAGACUGAGAGCAAGAUUUAGGGGUGGGGCUGAUAACUAAUAAAGCUCUCUGCUCAGAUAUGUAUAUAUCUAUAUAUAUGUAUAUAUAUAAGUGUGUGCGUAUCUAUAUAUAUGUAUAUAUAAGUGUGUAUAUAUAUAGAUAGAUAGAUAGAUAGAUAUAAAUGUUAACAAAAUGUAAGUAGAGAUGUUUGUUUUUUUCUUGCCUGGGCUGGUUUUAAUCAGGUUCAGUUCCCUAAGUAUUCACAGGUAUAUUAAGCUUUGCCUUGGAGUAGUAAGGUAAUGCUUUGGAUCAAAGGUAGGAUUGGUACUAUAAGCUGUGGUGUUAGCUCAAGCAUACUCUGAAAUGGACAGAGGUGCUUGGCUUCUGAUGGCUAAAGGAUAGUUUUAUGUAGGUGUUCAUUUACUGUACCUGGAAAACAGGGAAAGCUAUGAUUUCAGCCCACCUCACCCGCGAAAACUAACGGAAGAAGGUUGCUGUAAUGUCUUCCCUGGGCAGCCUUAAUAUCUUUUUGAAAGUGAUCAAACAUGAUAAAAUUGAGGAUGACUGCUUUCAGUCUGAAAUAUUAUGUAGUUAUGGAUGAUAGCCUGUCCUUUUUAUCUGCAUGCUGAGGAGAAAUCUUUGUCUGAUUAGACACUGAAUAAUAGGCUUUUCACUGAAUGGUUGUCCUGGUUGCCAGGACUGAAUAGCUUAAAGAUGGUGAAAGUUGUCUUUAAUGGUAAUGAAAAAGAAUUGUAAUUCCUUUUUCAUAACUUGCAGUGCUUAGUAAACCUGUAAAUUUUUAAUGUGUUAGUGAAAACACUAUCUACAGCAAAUUACAUUUAUUUUGUGCCAUGUCUUGGAAGUUUCUAAGCACUGUUGCAGUUAAUGUUGAAUAGGGGAAAGCACUGAAAAGAUCAUUGUUGUCAGGAGAAUCUCCUAGUCUUACUGUGAAAUGUAUCCUUGUGCCUGUUAGGAUAUUGCAGCUGCAACAGAAUGCAAAGUGCACUUAGUGCCAUUUCAUUUCUGUUCUGUUGCUGGAUGUAAACAGUUCUGUAUAAUCAAACUUCCAUAAUGAAGUAGCUUUUCUUACUGUUUGUAUAAAGCUUUUCUACCGUCUGA